AUGAGAUUGAGAAUGAAGAAAAGUGCAGAGAAGAUGGAAGUGGAAGAGAAGAUGAGUAGACAGAGGAUGAAGGGAGGGUUGAUCACCAUGCCCUUCAUUUUUGCGAAUGAGAUGUGUGAGAAGCUAGCAGCGCUGGGUUUUCUCACCAACAUGAUAAGCUACUUAACUCAGCAGCUUCACAUGCCAUUAACCAAAGCUGCCAACACUCUCACCAACUUCAGCGGUACCGCUAGCUUGACUCCCCUUCUCGGGGCCUUCAUCGCCGACGCUGUUGCCGGCCGGUUCUGGACCAUAGCGAUUGCCUCCAUUAUAUAUCAGAUGGGAAUGACACUGUUGACCAUGUCGGCAGUACUACCUCAGCUAAGGCCACUCCCAUGUAAAGCCGACCAAGCGUGCCAAGAGGCCGACAACGGCCAGCUUAGCAUCCUCUACGCGUCCCUCCUCCUAGCCGCGCUCGGCGCGGGUGGGAUCCGACCUUGCGUAGUGGCAUUCGGGGCGGACCAGUUCGACGAGACCGACCCGAAGCAGAAGACCAAGACAUGGAACUUCUUCAACUGGUACUACUUUUGUAUGGGGGCAUCCAUGCUUGUCGCCGUGACGGUGAUUGUUUACAUCCAGGACAAUGUUGGGUGGGGAUGGGGCCUUGGGGUGCCCUCAAUUGCCAUGUUUCUUUCUAUUGUCACGUUCGUUCUCGGGUACCCGAUGUACCGCAAUCUGGAUCCGGCUGGCAGCCCGUUUACCCGGAUAUUGCAAGUCUGCGUGGCCGCUUUUAGGAAGAGGCAUCUGGCUCAGGUCUCGGAUCCCAAAUUGCUCUAUGAGAACGAGGGGCUUGAUGCUCCUAUUUCCAUUGCCGGAAAGCUUCUUCACACCAAGAAUCUCAAGUAUCUCUCUCUCUCGCUCUCUCUCUACAUGGCUAUUUGA